GAGUGGUGGGGGGGGUGGAUUUUUUCUUUUCUUUUGCCCAUGCGCACACGGGCACCGAAUAGAUCGGCACACUCGCCUCUGCGACCCGGUCGGUAUAGGUCCCCGUGUUUCUUCUUUUCCACCUCAUAUAUCGUCUCUUUUCAUCUCAGCCCCCUUGGACUUCUUUUACUCUUUCAAUUGUGGUUCCCGUGACGUGGAUUUCCCCCUGGCUGGCUACGAAGUGGAAGACGCGGAGCGCUUCUUCUUACGGGAGAAGAAGGUGGCGGUGGUGUUGGCGGUGGGGGGGGGGACGACAUGCCAACGGCGGCGCCGACAACGAGGAGACUCCGUUUUAGCCUUUGAUCGUGUCAGAGCGGGACGCGUCUAAGCAAGGGGACGACGACCGAGGGCGGGAGCAGCAGCAGUGCCAAGUUUGAGACAUGGCGUCCCACCCGCAUAGAGGGGUGUGUCUCAUCCUGCCCCUGCUCCUCAGCUGCGCCGUGAUCUCCUCUGUGGCAGACAACCUGCCGAGCUUCAUCAAAUCCCCUGAAGACCAGACGGGCAUCUCGGGCGGCGUCGCGUCCUUUGUGUGCCAGGCCGCCGGCGAGCCCAAACCCAGAAUCACCUGGAUGAAGAAGGGCAAGAAAGUCAGCUCGCAGCGCUUUGAGGUGAUCGAAUUUGACGACGGCUCGGGGUCCGUGCUGCGCAUCCAGCCGCUCCGCACGCACCGCGACGAGGCCAUUUACGAGUGCACGGCGGCCAACAGCGCCGGCGAGAUCAACACCAGCGCCAAGCUGACCGUCUUUGAAGAGAACCAGAUCCCUCAUGGCUUCCCCACCAUCGACAUGGGCCCCCAGCUGAAGGUGGUGGAGCGGACCAGGACCGCCACCAUGUUGUGCGCUGCCAGCGGAAACCCCGACCCAGAGAUCACCUGGUUCAAGGACAUGCUGCCUGUGGACAUCGGCAGCAGCAAUGGACGCAUCAGACAGCUCCACUCGGGUGGUACACCAAUUAGAGGAGCUCUGCAAAUUGAGAACAGCGAGGAGUCUGACCAGGGCAAAUACGAAUGCAUCGCCACCAACAGUGCCGGGACCCGUUACUCGGCACCCGCCAACCUCUACGUACGAGUACGCAGAGUCCCGCCCAGGUUCUCCAUCCCGCCCACCAACCAGGAGGUGAUGCCGGGAGGCAGCGUCAACUUGACGUGCGUGGCGGUGGGCUCGCCCAUGCCCUACGUCAAGUGGAUGAUGGGCCUGAAGGAGCUAACCCGCGAGGAGGAGAUGCCCAUGGGACGCAACGUGCUGGAGGUCACCAACAUCCGCGAGUCGGGCAACUACACCUGCGUGGCCAUGUCCUCGCUGGGGAUGAUUGAAGCCACGGCGCAGGUCACGGUUAAAGCUCUGCCAAAGCCCCCCAUUGCUCUCAUGGUGACUGAGAGAACAGCCACCAGCGUGACGCUGACAUGGGACUCUGGAAACCCGGAACCCGUGUCCUACUACAUGAUCCAGUACCGGGCCAAGGCGUCGGACAACGGCUUCCAGGAAGUGGAGGGUGUCGCCACCACCCGCUACAGCAUCGGCGGCCUCAGCCCCUACUCCGAGUACGAGUUCCGCGUCAUGGCCGUCAACAAUAUCGGCCGCGGGGCGCCGAGCGAGCCAGUGGCGACGCGCACGGGUGAGCAGGCCCCCUCGUCACCCCCGCUGCGUGUCCAAGCGCGCAUGCUGAGCGCCACCACCAUGCUGGUCCAGUGGGACCCGCCAGAGGAGCCAAAUGGACACAUCCGGGGCUUCCGCAUCUACUACAGCUCGGACCACGCGGCGCCGCUCAGCGCCUGGCACAAGCACAACACAGACGACAGCAGUCUGACCACCAUCUCCGGACUGACGCCCGACAUCACCUACAGCCUCAGGGUGCUGGGCUUCACCUCCGUGGGGGACGGCCCACCCUCCGAGGUCCUUCAGGUCAAAACCCAACAGGGAGUCCCGUCCCAGCCGUCGGGCUUCGAGGCUGAAACUGAGUUGGACACCCGCAUUUUGCUGUCAUGGUUGUGGCCCCUCCAGGACCCCAUCAUCAAGUACGAGCUGCAGUACUGGGAGGCCGGCACAGAAAACAAGAUACACGUGACCUUCGACCCGGCCGGCUCCUACGCCGUGGACGUCCUCAAGCCCGACACGGUCUACCGCUUCUCCCUAGCUGCCCGCUCCGAAAUGGGCUUAGGCGUCUACACCCAGCCUAUCGAGGCUCGCACUGCCCAGUCCACCCCCUCGGCCCCCCCCCAGGAUGUGCAACUGUUCAGCCUCAGCUCCACCAGCCUCAAGGUGAGUUGGGCGGCGCCGCCGGCCGGCCGCCGCCACGGCAUCAUCGUCAGCUACACGGUCAGCUACCAGGCGCUGAGCGGCGAGGACACGGAGCGCCACGAGGUGAGCGGCAUCGGUGCCGCCGCCUCUGUCUACGUCAUCCAGGACCUGGAGCGCUGGACCGAGUAUCAAGUGUGGGUGCGUGCUCACACCGAGGCGGGCCCGGGCCCCGAGAGCGCCCCGGUGAAGAUGAAAACCCAGCCGGAUGUGCCGGGAGCGCCGCCCCGGAAGCUGGAGGCCGAGGCGGUCAACUCCACCGCCAUCCGCGUGACCUGGAAGCCGCCGCUGCAGAGCAAGCAGCACGGCCAGAUCCGAGGCUACCAGGUGGCCUACACGCUGGUGGAGAACGGCGAGCCGCGCGGGCAGCCCAACAUCCUGGACGUGGUCUUGGCGGAGGAGCAGUUCAAUAUUACGGAGUUCACCGAGCAUGAGGCCUUCAUUACCGGACUGCAGUCUGAGACCACCUACUCUAUCGCUGUCGCGGCGUACACCACCAGGGGAGACGGACCUCGUUGCAAACCUAAACUGGUCACCACCACUGGAGCAGUGCCAGGUAAGCCCACCAUGAUGAUCAGCGCCACCAUGGGCAACACGGCGCUCAUCCAGUGGCAGCCCCCAAAGGACAUGGUGGGCGAGCUGAUGGGCUACCAGCUGCAGUACAAGCGCACUGACGACAACACGUACACGUCGCGCGAGCUGCGCAGCACAGACGACCACUACACGGUGACGGGGCUGCACAAGGGCGCCACCUACGUCUUCCGCCUCAGCGCCCGCAACCGGGCCGGCGUGGGCGAGGCCUACACCAAGGAGAUCGGCACCCCCGAGGACGUGCCCUCGGGCUUCCCGUUGAACCUGCAGGUGACGGGCCUGACGCAGUCCAGCACCCAGCUGACGUGGGACCCGCCGUCGUUGGCCGAGAGGAACGGCAAGAUCGUUUACUACGUGGUGGUCUACCGGGACAUCAACAGCCAGCAGAACAGCACCAACCGCACGGCCGACACACGCGUGACCAUACUGGGCCUGAACCCCGACACCACUUACGACAUCCGAAUACAGGCGUACACCGGCAAGGGCGCGGGACCCCUGAGCCCCAGCAUCCAGAGCAGGACCAUGUCUAAUGAUUUUCCCACCUUGAACUUUGGCGUCAAAGCAGUCAUGAAGACGUCGGUGCUCCUCACCUGGGAUUUGCCGCCGAACUACAAGUCCCAAGUGCCUUUUAAGAUCCUGUAUAACCAGCAGAGCGUGGAGGUGCAGGGCAACCUGAAGCGGAAGCUGAUCACGCAGCUGCAGCCCGACACCGACUACUCCUUCGUGCUGACCAGCCGCGGCAACAUCGCCGGGGGCCUGCAGCAGCAGGUGUCCAUCCGCACCGCCCCCGACCUCAUCAAGACCAAGCCCGUGUACGGCUCCCAUCAGGCGCAGGGCGGCAAGAUGACCGUUAACCUGCCAAAGGUGCAGACCACCACGCGUGUCAGGUGGUACUACAUCGUGGUUCUUCCCGUGUCCCAGUCGAGCCGGCGCUGGAAGAAUCCGGAUGAGAUGGACCUGGACGAGCUGCUGAAAUCGAGCGAAAGCCUCACGCUGAGGCGGCGGCGUCACCUGGACGCGUCCAAGCCGUACAUCGCCGCCAAGCUAGCCUCGCUGCCGCCCGUCUUCACGCUGGGCGACGAGAAGCGCUACAACGGCUUCUACAACAAGCCGUUGACCAGCGGACAGGAGUACGUCUGCUUCGUGCUGGCCGUCCUCCGCUACGAAGGAACCGACAGCACCUCCAAUUACAUGACGUUUUCGGCCAGUCCCUAUUCGGACCUCAUCCAGGUCACCACGCAGACGCUGGUUCAGGGGGCGGAGCAGACGGAAAUGCUGUGGGUGAUGGGACCCGUGUUUGCCGUGGUGCUCAUCAUCAGCGUCGUCAUAGCCAUCCUGCUCUUUAAGAAGAAGCGGGCGUCGCCCUUGCCCAAGGAUGAGCACUCAGGUGGAGUGAAAGACUCCCUGCUGGCCAACUCCUCCGACCCUGUGGAGAUGAGACGGCUCAACUACCAGACGCCGGGUCCCAGCUCUCACCGCAGCCCCAACACGCCAAGGAUGCGAGAGCACCCGCCUAUUCCCGUCGCCGGCCUGGCUGACCAUAUUGAGCAUCUAAAGGCCAACGACGGCCUGCGCUUCUCCCAGGAAUACGAGUCCAUCGACCCUGGCCAGCAAUUCACCUGGGAGAACUCCAACAUGGAAGUGAACAAACCGAAGAACCGCUACGCCAACGUCAUCGCCUACGACCACUCCAGGGUGGUGCUCACCUCCGUCGACGCUGUCCCGGGUAGCGACUACAUAAACGCCAACUACAUCGACGGCUACAGGAAGCAGAACGCCUACAUCGCCACGCAAGGACCGCUGCCCGAGACGCUGAGCGACUUCUGGAGAAUGGUGUGGGAGCAGCGCUCCAGCACAAUCGUCAUGAUGACACGACUGGAGGAGAAGUCGAGGGUGAAGUGUGACCAGUAUUGGCCGGCGCGAGGAACCGAGACCUACGGCAUGAUCCAGGUCACCAUGCUGGACACGGUGGAGUUGGCCACUUACAGCGUCCGCACUUUCGCACUCUACAAGAACGGUUCCAGUGAGAAGAGAGAGCUGCGGCAGUUCCAGUUUAUGGCCUGGCCGGACCACGGCGUGCCCGAGUACCCCACUCCCAUCCUGGCCUUCUUGAGACGCGUCAAGGCCUGCAAUCCUCCGGAUGCGGGGCCCAUGAUAGUGCACUGCAGCGCGGGCGUGGGCCGGACCGGCUGCUUCAUCGUGAUCGACGCCAUGCUGGAGCGCAUGAAGCACGAGAAGUCGGUGGACAUCUACGGUCACGUGACGUGCAUGCGGGCCCAGCGCAACUACAUGGUGCAGACCGAGGACCAGUACAUCUUCAUCCACGAGGCGCUGCUGGAGGCGGCCACGUGCGGCAACACGGAGGUGGCGGCGCGCAACCUCUACGCGCACAUCCAGAAGCUGACGCAGCCGCCGCCCGGCGAGACCGUCACCGCCAUGGAGCUGGAGUUCAAGCGCCUGGCCAACUCCAAGGCCCACACGUCCCGCUUCAUCAGCGCCAACCUGCCGUGCAACAAGUUCAAGAACCGCCUGGUUAACAUCAUGCCCUUCGAGUCCACGCGCGUCUGCCUGCAGCCCAUCCGCGGCGUGGAGGGCUCCGACUACAUCAACGCCAGCUGCAUCGACGGAUACAGACAGCAGAAGGCCUACCUGGCCACGCAGGGCCCGCUGGCCGAGACCACCGAGGACUUCUGGAGAAUGUUGUGGGAGCACAACUCCACCAUCGUCGUCAUGCUCACCAAGCUGCGAGAGAUGGGACGGGAGAAGUGUCACCAGUACUGGCCGGCCGAGCGCUCGGCCCGCUACCAGUACUUCGUGGUGGACCCCAUGGCCGAGUACAACAUGCCGCAGUACAUCCUGCGAGAAUUCAAGGUGACGGACGCCCGCGACGGGCAGUCCAGAACCAUCCGGCAGUUCCAGUUCACCGACUGGCCCGAGCAGGGCGUGCCCAAGACCGGGGAGGGAUUCAUCGACUUCAUCGGACAAGUGCACAAGACCAAGGAGCAGUUCGGCCAGGACGGACCAAUCACCGUGCACUGCAGCGCCGGCGUGGGCCGCACCGGAGUCUUCAUCACGCUCAGCAUCGUGCUGGAGAGGAUGCGGUACGAGGGCGUGGUGGACCUCUUCCAGACCGUCAAGACCCUUCGCACCCAGCGGCCCGCCAUGGUGCAGACCGAGGACCAGUACCAGCUGUGCUACCGGGCCGCUCUGGAGUACCUGGGAAGCUUCGACCACUAUGCAACGUAACCGCAGGCGCCGAGGGCGGAGCCUCUCAGGAGUGUGCCAAGUGUCCCAUCUCAGCCACCGUACGCCCCGGGAAAAAAAACAAAAAAAAAACAACAGCACUCAUCCCUGUCACUGCGGGGGGGAGGAGCAAAGGACGGAACCAACCAUGUGACUUUUUAUUUUUGCUUUUAAGUCUUGUACAGUCGACAGCGCCACCUGUCCCCCAUCUAGCGGUACCGCCACGCAUUUUUACAACGAUUACGUUUAUUGUUUAGCCUACUUUUUUUAAUCCUUUUUUUAACAUUGUGUCUUAACCUGGUUCCAGUGCUUUUAUUUUCAUAAUCGCUACUUUUUAAAUACAUUUGUUUUUGUAUUAUUGUUUUAAAGAGGUACUUUUUAGCACAACGACGCUAGAUGCUAAUCUCAUUCGAGCCGGCCGUUUGUUGUUUCCGUUGUUGUCGCACGUUCGGGAUUUAGUCGUGAUGACGACAACAAAAGGAAAAAAAUAAGACGACAGAGAGAGAAAAAAAAAUGCCUUUUCACUCGCUAUUUCCCCAAGGACGAGCACAAAGCGGCUAAUGCUAAGCUAUGCCCGGAGAUGACGACAACGACAGCGUGUGUACAGGAAAGCAAAGCACACGACUUUUUGUUGUACUUCUGCAAAAAGGCCUUUGUACAGAAUGGACCAUUCCUCCCAGACGUGACACGCACACACUUGAUCUUAUUUUAUACAGAAAUAGAACUAUAAAUAUAAAUAUAUAUAUGAUUAUAUAUAUGUACAAUGAUCCAUAGGUGUACACACAGCUUACCUUGUUCUUGAGAGACGCCGUUUGCCGUAUCUACUGUUCUGUCAGCAAAAACAAAACAAACAAAAAAAAUGGACAAAUAACACAGCACAAUCCCCCUGUCGUCACCACACACACAAACAUACACACGCCCUCCACCAAAAUGGCCGCCACAAGCACACACCCCUAAAGUGGCGGCGGCGGGUGUAUUGGGAGGUGGGGUCGGGGGGGGGGGGGCUAUUUUGUUCAUUUGAAAAUCUUGUGAAUACAUCGUGCUGUAGGGGUGACACCUGUUGUACACACACACGCACACACACGUACACAUCUGUUUUUCUAUUUGUAGAUAAAGAAAACCUGUUAACGAAUGACUCAAGUUAAAACAAAAAAAACAUGAAAAAACAAACCUUGAUGUUAAUAAAGAUACAUAAUUGGGUUUUUUUGUACAAAA